GCCAUGUGUUCACUAUUAUUACUCCACUUUAUCUUGAUGUUUGUAUGCAAGAGGAACUGCCUUUUUUCAAGAGCAAGAUGAUGGCAUCUUGAGAUUCCCGUCCAACCUGAGGUGCCUUCAUUGACCAAAUCGAAGACCCCUCCGGCGGCAUUAUCUGUGGACGACCCAUCGAGAAGCGCCAUUCCAUUGACUUGUGUGUCCAUCGAGCCUGGCCUGGACGGUGGCUUCCAUCACACUCGACGUAACGCGUGUCCGUCCUUGAGCCUCGUCCUCCUUACCACGGCAUCCCAUCCUCAUGGCGCAGGAACCUGUGAUGUCUUCCCCAGUCGUCGAGGUUGAUGCAACGUUACAUGACUGCAACGUUGGUCGUCUUGGCAGCGACGACGACAAGUCGAGUUUCAUGUGGACAUCGUCAACCAGCCAGAUCGGCAUCGUGGAUGUGCACAUGACGCUCCUUCCGUCUGGAUGGAGCUACCACGUCGCGUACGACAUCCUAGUGUCAUUUCCCGACCUGCACAAGGAAUGGACCGUCCGGCGCAGCCACCACGACUUUGUCGAGCUCCACCGCCACCUCGUGUCCGCGUACGUCCCCAUGUUUGUCCUCGCGAGAGUCCAUGUUCAUCUUGUUCCCGUAGAUUCCACACGACCCUCGGCCAUCGACGCAUGACCCUUCCAAAGGAAUCGCGCGUCGAGUUCCAAGUGUCGGUGGAAGCGCGGUACGCCCAGUCCGCCAAGCGCAUGCGCGAACGACUCAACGCGUACCUCCAUCGCCUCCUGGAGCUCCCCGACAUUCCCGCAAGCGCGGCGUUUCGGGGUUUCUUGUCUCCCCGAAGCACGGACCUUGCAUCUUCGUCCGACAUGAAGCAAACCGCUGCCGACUUGUCGCCGUCAUCGAGCGCGUCUGCAUGCUCCACGGCCUCGGCGCACCUCAGCGAUCAUUCCUCUCCGCAGGACAUGAUGCUGCGUCCACCGGCGCUGCCGCCCCUGUCGUCGGUGGUGCAAAUCCCAUCCGCCUGCACUUCCGUCGUCCUCUACGGCAGCUCCAUCUCCCUCCGGACCUGCGGCGGACUUCGCCUCGGCCUCACCAAGCGGAGCGCAUGGAGCGGCAGCCACAAAAUGGCGGCGAUGGCCAGCGGCGCCGGCAUGGUUCUUCUCAGCGGCCCCGUGGGACUCCCUCUCGCCGCCCUCGGCACCCUCGGCACCCGCCACUGGAACAAGGCCGCGUCAUUAUCCGUCCAGCCCAAGCACUUGGUCAAGCAUGACGAAUUCAUCAUCGAAAGCGCGAGUCCAUUCAGCGGCGCCGCGCGACCCGUGCAUUUCAACGACCUUAUCCGGCUCUACAGUGUCUCAAAGCGCCAGUAUCUCAAGCUCGUUGAAAGUAGCAGUAGCCACAAUCGACGCGGAUAUGUGACAUCGUGCAGCCAAUCAUCGACCGUCUUUCGAUGGGUCUCGCCGCUACACGUGUCUGACGGGCCUAUCGUAUGCGGCAGCCAAGUUUGUCUGCAAGUUGCUCACGAACUCUUAACCGUCCAUAAGGACUUUAUUACCACGGGGCCGUCGCCGGCGGUAUGCCAGCUCCUUGUGCGCCACCAUCCGCCGUGUCUAGCCGCCGCCGACGGCGCGGUCGUUCCCCGUCGUGAACCUGUGUCAGUUCGGAUCCUCACGUACAAUGUAUGGUUCUUGCCGCCGUUGCUGGCGUCGUUGCUCCGCCUCUCGCCGUUCAAGAUGGAGCGGGCGCGAGCUAUUCCAGCUUACUUGCCCGUGGAUGUCGACUUGGUUGUGUUCUGUGAAGUGUUUGAUCUAGCCGCCAAGGCCGUGCUGUCGGCGGAAAUGAAACGCCGCGGAUUCCUGUACGAAACCGUAUCCGGACGACGAAGCCGGUUAAAAGCUACCGAUUCAGGAGUGUUUGUCAUGAGCAGGUACCCGCUGGACGACGCGGACGAGCUGUUGUACGGCGCGGCGGCGACGGGGGAUGACAAGGUCGCGGAUAAGGGCGCGGUGUACGUCCGGAUGACGAAAUCCGGACAACACAUCCAUGUCGUGGCGACGCAUCUGCAGGCGUGGAAGACGGACGCGGCGGUGGCGGUGCGGCGGACGCAGCUGGAGAUGCUGGCGCGGUGGAUUCACGCCAAGAACCUGCCGCGUCGAGAUGCCGUGGUGUAUGGGGGGGACUUUAACGUGGACGAGGCCGAUAAAACCGAGUACGAGUGGAUGCUUUCGACGUUAAACGUGAAAAACCCACCCACGGUGGCCGGCACGACUGGCUUUAGCUUUGAUCCGGGCACGAAUGUCCUGGCGGCGACGGGCAAAAGCAGCGGCGGACACGUCGAACGAUUGGAUUAUGUAGUCUAUGGAACCGAGUAUCGGCACCCGGGGACCAGCUCGACCCAAGUUCUGCGUCUGAAAGCCACGGAAGGAUGGACAGAUCCGAGUUUGUACGGCGGGCAAAUCGUAUACGAUCUAUCCGACCACUACCCUGUCCUGUCGGACUUUCACUUUGACUAGAACACUAACUAAUACUUCGAUAUUUAUAACAUUGAUAUGGGUUGAAAGAGAAACCCACAGUCGUA